AUGGACGGUCUCGCGUACAACCCCGCUCAGGGCAACGGUGCCCCUCCCCCCAACGCCAACGGCGACGGCUUCGGCACCCCGGUCUCUGGUGGCAUGCCCUUCCCCGGCAACAACGGAUCUGGAGAGAUCCCCGGUGGUCAGGCUCCCAUCCAGGGCGACGCGAAUAAGAACACUCUCUGGAUGGGCGAGCUCGAGCCCUGGAUGGACGAGAACUUCAUUAAGGGCGUCUUUCUCACUGCCACUGGAGAGCCUGUUAACGUCAAGGUUAUCCGCGACAAGACGUCUGGCAACGCUGGAUACUGCUUCGUCGAGUUCACGUCCAGCGAUGCGGCCAGCAAGGCUCUUCAAUUGAACGGAACUCCCGUUCCCAACUCCAACCGCGCCUUCAAGCUCAACUGGGCGUCCGGCGGCGGUAUCAACGACCGUCGCGACGACCGCGGUCCUGAGUACUCGAUCUUCGUCGGCGACCUCGGCCCCGAGGUCAACGAAUACGUUCUUGUGUCCCUCUUCCAGGCGCGCUUCCCCUCUUGCAAGUCUGCUAAGAUCAUGACGGAUGCCAUGUCGGGACAGUCGCGCGGAUACGGAUUCGUCCGCUUCACGGAUGAGCAGGACCAGCAGCGCGCUCUUGUGGAGAUGCAGGGAGUUUACUGCGGCAACCGCCCCAUGCGUAUCUCGACUGCCACCCCCAAGAACCGCAACCACGGUCCCUACCAGCACCACGGCAACCAGAUGAUGGCUCCUGGUCUGCCUCCUCACCAGCAAGGAUUCUACGGCGUUCCUUCUCCUGCCCAGUACGGCGGUGCUUACGGAGCCCCCUACAACCCCCCUGGCCAGCAGAUGAACCAGUUCACUGACCCCAACAACACCACCGUCUUUGUCGGUGGCCUGUCCGGCUACGUCACUGAGGACGAGCUCCGAAGCUUCUUCCAGGGCUUUGGCGAGAUCACCUACGUCAAGAUCCCUCCCGGAAAGGGCUGCGGUUUCGUUCAGUUCGUCCACCGCCACGCUGCUGAGAUGGCCAUCAACCAGAUGCAGGGAUACCCCAUCGGAAACUCCCGCGUUCGUCUGAGCUGGGGCCGUAGCCAGAACAACUCUGGCGUCGGCACUCCCUACCGCCCUGCCCCUCCCCCGCCCCACUACUUCGCUCCCGCCCCCGGCCCCGGUGCCUACGGCCCUGCCCACUUCGGUGCUCCUGGCCCUCACGGACCCCCGGGACCCCAGGGCCCUCCUGGUGCCCCUCCUCAGUAG